AUGUACUCUGCAUCCUCAGCCGCGCAGAAAGCCAAGCGACGCACGCACGCCCGCCCCGAACUCUCGGACGAGCAAAAACAGGAAAUCAAGGAGGCCUUCGAGCUCUUCGACACAGACAAGGACGGAGCGGUGGACUACCAUGAGCUGAAGGUUGCCAUGCGCGCCCUCGGCUUCGAUUUGAAGAAGGCGGAGGUCUUGAAGAUCUUGCGGGACCACGACAAGUCGGGCGGGAAUGUCCUGGAUUUUGAUGAUUUCGUCAAAAUCAUGAGCGAACGAAUCCUGGCGCGUGACCCCAUGGAGGAGAUCCGGAGAGCGUUCCAACUGUUCGACGAUGAUAACACGGGAAAGAUCAGCCUGAGGAAUCUUCGCCGAGUUGCGAAAGAGAUUGGUGAUAGACUGGAGGAUGAAGAACUCCAAGCCAUGAUUGACGAGUUUGACCUCGACCAAGAUGGGGAGAUCAACGAGCAAGAGUUCUUUUCCAUCAUGACCGACGAUGCGUAG